AUUAAAGAGGUCAUCUUGUGGAAAAAUUACUUCAACAAUGUUUAAUUAAUAGAGCUCAUUUUGUUUAAAUCAUGGAUGGUCCAAACUUUCCUUGGAGCAUUGUUACAAGUAACUUUGUUUAAGAUCAUAAUUCAUACACUCUAAACAAAAAGCACACAAAAAAAAAAAAUGGAUGUUUUGUACACCAUUUUGACUCUCAUAGCCUUCUCUCUUCUAGCAAUUUUCCUAGCCAUAUGUUUCAUCUUGAUGACAAUCUUCAAAGGAAAAUCAAUAGGGGACCCAAAAUAUGCACCUGUUAAAGGCACAGUGUUCAACCAUCUUUUCUACUUCAACAAACUCUAUGAUUACCAAGCUCAAAUGGCCAAAAUUCAUCCAACUUAUAGACUUCUUGCACCAAAUCAAAGUGAUCAGUUGUACACAAUAGAUGUGAGAAAUAUUGAACAUGUAUUGAAAACCAAUUUUGAUAAAUAUUCUAGAGGUAAGUAUAGUCAAGAUGUUAUGACAGAUCUUUUUGGUGAGGGGAUUUUUGCCGUUGAUGGUGACAAGUGGAGACAGCAGAGGAAAGUUGCAAGCUAUGAAUUCUCCACAAGAGUUCUUAGAGAUUUUAGUUGUUCUGUGUUUAGAAAGAAUGCUGCCAAGUUGGUCAGAGUUAUAUCAGUAUUUUAUCACGAGGGUCUUGUCUUUGAUAUGCAAGACUUACAAAUGAGAUGUGCAUUGGAUUCCAUAUUCAAAGUUGGAUUUGGAACAGAAUUGAAUUGCUUAGAAGGAUCAAGCAAAGAGGGAACUGAAUUCAUGAAAGCAUUUGAUGAAUCAAAUGCUUUAAUUUAUUGGCGCUAUGUUGAUCCAAUUUGGAAUCUUAAGAGAUUUCUUAACAUUGGUGGUGAGGCUAAGCUUAAACACAAUGUUAAAUUGAUUGAUGAUUUUGUCAAUGGAGUUAUAAAUACCAAAAAGGAACAAUUGGCACUUCAGCAAGACUCUAAUGUUAAAGAAGACAUACUAUCAAGGUUUUUGAUGGAAAGCAAGAAGGGCCAAACAACUAUAACUGAUAAAUAUUUGAGGGAUAUAAUUCUCAACUUUAUGAUAGCUGGCAAAGACACCACUGCAAAUACUCUUUCAUGGUUCUUCUACAUGUUAUGCAAGAACCCUAUUGUGGAGGACAAGAUUGUGCAAGAAAUAAGAGAUGUUACUUGUUUCCAUGAAAGUGAACUCAGCAACAUAGAUGAGUUUGCUACCAAUCUAACAGACUCAAUACUUGAUAAAAUGCAUUAUCUUCAUGCAGCACUCACAGAGACCUUAAGAUUGUACCCUGUUGUCCCUGUGGAUGGAAGAACUGCGGAUGCACCUGAUAUUCUUCCUGAUGGCCACAAACUGCAAAAGGGAGACGCAGUGAACUACAUGGCCUAUGCUAUGGGUCGAAUGUCUUCCAUUUGGGGGGAAGACGCCGAAGAAUUUCGUCCUGAAAGAUGGAUUACAGACGGAAUUUUCCAACCCGAAUCACCAUUCAAAUUUGUAGCAUUUCAUGCUGGACCUCGUAUGUGCUUAGGGAAGGACUUUGCAUACAGACAAAUGAAAAUAGUUGCAAUGUGUGUUCUUAAUUUCUUCAAAUUUAAAUUGGCAAAUGGAACACAAAAUGUGACUUAUAAGGUAAUGUUUACCCUUCACUUGGACAAGGGCCUCCCUCUCCAUGCAAUUCCAAGGUCAUAAGACUCAUGCAUGAGUGAGGUGACAUAUAUGUGAAGCAGAUCAAACCACUAUGCAGAGCAUUUUUAGUGUUAUAAAUCUUGAUGUUCGUUACAUAAUCAUAUGUUGUAUCUAUAUGGAUCAUUAACUCUACUAUGUUAAUAUCUUGGUAGGUAAUUUAUGUUAUGCUGUGUAAAUAGACCUGUUUAGUAAACUUUGCAACUUAACUGUUUUGCUUUAUUCUUUCUUUGA